AUUUGAAUUGAUGAAAUUACCCAUGAAGGUAGCAGCAGCUGCUAUAGGGACUCCCUCGUUAUUUCCUUGCUGCAAUUUUGUUCAUUUGCCGGCCUCGACUUCACUUUCACUAUCCCCAAGGCUUCCUGCUUCCAUCUUCUCGCCUUUGCUCAUCCCCAUCUCAGGGAGGAAGAAGUUAUUCUUGCGUGCUGAGAAUCUUGAUUGUGAGAGCGUGGAACAAAUGGAUUUGAAGAAGGAAUUUCCUGAAUUAAAAAAGGAUCUAUACCCCUCUAUAGAGCCAUAUUGUACUGGGUUUUUGAAAGUUUCGGACCUUCAUACUAUAUACUGGGAGCAGUCAGGAAAUCCUAAUGGCCGUCCAGUAGUGUUUUUCCAUGGAGGCCCUGGAGGUGGGACUUCACCCAAUAACAGGAGGUUCUUUGAUCCUGUCUUCUAUCGAAUCAUUCUAUUUGAUCAGAGAGGUGCGGGUAAAAGUAAGCCUCAUGCUUGCUUGGAGGAGAACACAACAUGGGAUCUCGUUGGGGAUAUUGAAAAAUUAAGAGAGCACUUAAAGAUUCCGGAAUGGCAGGUAUUUGGUGGCUCAUGGGGAAGCACUCUGGCUCUUGCAUACAGCAUAUCACAUCCUGAAAAGGUUACUGGGAUCAUUCUUAGAGGGAUAUUUUUGUUGCGGAAGAAAGAAAUUGACUGGUUUUAUGAGGGUGGAGCUGCUGCAAUAUACCCUGAUGUUUGGGAGCCAUUCAGAGAUCUGAUUCCAGAGGAAGAAAGGAAGUGUUUUGUCAAGGCUUACCAUAAGAGAUUAAAUUCAGAUACCCUAGAAACACAGUAUGCAGCAGCUAGGGCAUGGACUAAAUGGGAAAUGAUGACCUCUCAUCUUCUCCCUAAUGAAGAGAACAUAAAGAGAGGAGAUGAUGAUGAUUUCUCCUUGGCAUUUGCAAGGAUUGAGAACCACUACUUUAUCAACAAGGGAUUCUUCUCUUCAGAUUCUUUCCUUCUAGAUAAUGUUGAAAAGAUAAAGCAUAUCAAAACAAUAAUUGUUCAGGGAAGAUAUGAUGUUUGCUGUCCAAUGAUGUCAGCAUGGGAUCUUCAUAAAGCUUGGCCAGAGGCAGAGUUCAUUGUUGUCCCAGGAGCAGGUCAUUCGGCAAAUGAACCAGGAAUAGCAGCAGAACUUGUUGCGGCUAAUGAAAAACUGAAAAAUGUCCUUGAAGGAGUUUCUUGAGUGCAAGUGCCUACUAGUCAUUGACUUUAGACUUUGGCAUGGAUGUUUGUGAGAGUUAGUAUUGUAGAUACUUGCAUUCCAGUAUUCUAGGUUUGAGUCUCUUCACAAAUGAACUAAGAACAGCACCACAUGUGUGGAAGAAAGAAAGUUUGCCUAAAAACAAUGCCACGAGUUCUCUCCCCUUUUAUAUACGACUAUUGGACGAGGCUAAUUGAAAGAGUUCAUUUGUGACA